GAUACUUGAAACGGUUUAAAGCAUUCUUAUUUCAUUUGUUUUAAAUUUUUAAAUUGCUGUAAUUAUGGUAGCCAGCACAUCGCCUUUAAAUGUGGACAUUGGAGACUAUAUUUUAAACGAUUGCGUGCCAGCCAAGCGGUUGGAACUCAAUCUGGAGAUCUGCUAUGACAGCACAGAAAAGCAGAUAACGACAUGUGCUCAGCCGGCUCAGAUGCGAUUUGCUAAUGUUAAGUAUCCCUUUGCCCGUAUUGGCGCUGCACCCACAUCCGUUGCCAUAACAAAUAGCCAAGUCGUCGUGAAAGCUGAUCCACAGACAGAUACAAAGCAUGUAGUAGAACUUACACUUCAACUGGACCCGGAUGCAGCAUUCUCUUAUGAACCGGGCGACACUAUUGCCAUUUUACCACAUAAUGAGAAUAAAGUAGUGGAUGCGCUUUUGCAACGUUUACAUCUUAGUGGUCAAGCGGAUGACGUUUGUCAUAUAAAGCUUGCUUCGAAAUUAGUUAAAAAAUCUGCCAAAUUGCCAGAGCACAUUCCGAAUUCGUCAAGUGUACGUGAGAUUUUCACCCACUGUCUGUCCCUUAAUGGGAUACUUAAAAAGCAAUUUCUUAGCUCUUUGGCCGAGUAUACCACUGAUGAAAGGGAACGUGGUUUUUUGAAUAGUCUUUCGUCAAAGCAAGGGACGUCCUUUUAUAAUGAACUCAUAUUAGAGCGUGGCUUAGGUUUUCUUGAUUUAAUGCAAAUUUGUGGUAUUUGCCAACCAAGUUUGGCGCUGCUUGUAGAACAUUUACCACGCCUCUUGCCACGUCCUUACUCCAUAGCCAAUAGUCCCAGCUGUGAAGGUGGCUUGAAAAUCAUUUAUUCCAUAUUACCUGUUAAUCCAGGCGUCGCAACUAGUAUGCUUGAAAGCAAAUCCCAGCAGAGAGAAUCUAAAAUUUUUAUUUACCCACGCCUUAGCAAUGCUUUUCGUUAUACCACUGAGGAUCUUAAUAAAAAUCAAAUACUUAUUGCCAUAGGAACAGGAUUGGCACCCUUCCUUGGCUUUCUGGAGCACAAGGAAUUUCAUAAUCGGCAGGCAAAUGUGGGGAAGACUUGGUUAUAUGUUGGGGCAAGGACAGCACAGGCCGUACUUAAGAGAGAUCAACUUCUGGCUUGGCAAGAAUCCUCAUCCCCUUUAGUGCUGCAACGCUUACGCAUGUGCUAUUCCCGUGGAGAUUCACCCACAUAUGUGCAGCAAUUGUUGGAAGAAGAUGCCGAAGAGCUCGUGGAGCUUAUACUCGAACCGGAAACAGUUCUGUACGUAUGUGCUGAUGGAGCCAAAAUAUCCCAAUCCAUUGGCCAAGCAUUGAGCAAAUGUCUACAAAAAGUUCUUCACUUGGAUGAGACACAGAGCGCAGAACGACUUAAAGAGCUACGCCAGCAGGGCAAAUAUCGUGAAGAUAUCUGGCUAUAGACUUCAAUCAGAGUGUUUGUCUAUAUGUUCCAUUUAAAUAUCAUGAAUUUGUAUGCCUUUGGUCGAAUAAGUAAAUAACGAUAUAUUUAACAACACAAAAUAAAAAUUACAGUGCAGGGGGGUGUGGCAUGAGGGGCUAAAAGUAACUAAUUUAAGGGUUUUACAUACACAACUGUGAAACAGUUGAUCGAUCGAUCAUGUGUUACUUAUAUAAGGCUACAACUAAAAUAUAAUGCCGUAAACAUAUUGUUUCAUUUCAUGUAUAAAGUACAUAUAAUGUUUUGUUUUGUUUUGUAUGUGAUAUAAUUUGCGAAAUAAAAAUUAACUAAUAAUUAUUAUAGGCAACUUAAUACGUGUAAUAAAUGUAGAAAAACACACAGAAGCAAAAAUA